GGAAGGACCCCGCAGAGAAGUAAACACAGCAGAUGUUGAGUUAAUUGAGUCGCAGUCAUCGAUUUCUAGAUGAAUUAACUUUGUUGCAACGUGUAACUUGUUGGCAUCGCGAUGGCGGAAGACAACGAGCUGGAGCAGCGUGCGAUCGACGAGCUCCUGAGGGAGACGGACCGGGCUCGGGUGAGAGCAGAGACCAUGGGCCCCGCAGGAUGGUUGAAGUGUCCCCUGCGGAGCACCAACAAACGCUUCCUCCUCAACACCCUGCGCUCCACCGGCCUGCAGCUGCGCUCCAGUGAGCCCAGGGCCAGUCACUCUGCCACAAGAUCGCCCACGAGGAGCAAGAGUCAGGACAGAGGCCUCGACCGCAGCAGGUCACCUCCCAGAGAUCGAAAGAGCAAUGGAGCCCACACAAGACAGAAAAAGCAUCACAGAAGAACUAAAGACAAAACAGAGGACAGAGACAAAGAGAGGAGUCACAGACACAGAGACAAAAGGGACAGGAAACAUGGGAACGACAGACAGAAUAAACAUAGACUUCGUGAGUGAAGCAUCUCUGCUUAUAGAGGAGGAACACGGCUCUACCAGAGACCACUUCCUGUCCAGGGAGGACAGAGGUGGGCACUCCUGAAACUGUUCUCAGAUCAGAACGCACACCCGCCGAUUCCUGUUCAUCAGGCUGUUAAAAGGAGGCAGAACAGACACUGAAUUCGACUUUUCUAACUUUGUUUUCCCCACAGAGAGACAAGCUGGACAAUCGUCUUCUACAUUUGAUAAUUAAUUGUUUAACAUUUGAGGUUACCAACAUAUUUUAGGUUUAGUUGAUUCCUUGACAUCGCUCACGCAUCCAGUAGUUGAGAUUUUUUUUCCCCCCCAACUUUCCUACAGAUGUUUGAGUAAAUAAACUAUGAAAGGGUCGUUACAGCUCAGGACAUGAGAGCAUUUGAUUUUUUUUGUCCAUGUCCUCCCCUCUCAAAUGAUUCAUGGUUUGUUGUAAUUCUGUUUCACCUACAGUAAAGGAGGAUUGAUUUCAAUCAUAAUGUGA